CCCCCCCCAUCUUUACGUUAAUAGCUGUUCCUUGGAGCGGUCACGGGGAUUGUCAUGAUCGCCGUGGUUGCAGUAAUGCAAUCAAAUGGGUUUUCGCGCUCCUCCAAUCACACACACUGUGGACCUCUGCACCUGUACAAAGGCGCAGGUUCCCGCGGGGUUCAACCAGAGUGCAACACCGCUGCGCUGACGUGCCGGGUUAAUGUGUAAUUUUUUUUUUCGCUCCUCCUCUUGUGUUUCCCUAAAACCCCGGGACCUCUGAACCCCUCAUGCAAGCGCGCUCUCCAUCCAGAGCAGUCGCCCAACCAGGCCCUAUCGUCACUGGCUGGCAGCUAUAAGCCACAAGUUCAGUAUCACCCGUACCACCAUCUGCCAACACGUACCCUACGCUAUUGCGGUCACAUCACAAUUUCUACACUGUGUGGAGCACCAUCUGCAAAUGCCCAGCGCAGUCCUGUGUAACUGGACUGAAAAAACCCUGUUUCUUUCGCCGAUUCUGUGUGCGGUUUGGUCCAUUCAGGAAUUUUCCUUGAAAGCAUUCGCUUUCGUCUGUUGGAAUUAUACCUGGCUGAUUUUUUUUUUACGGGGUGAGCGGCGACUUAAGUGUUGACAACUCCAGGCAGGCAGAACCAUGCAGCAACCCGAGGCCACACCGGUGGACAGACAUAAUGAUACACGUAGGGAAUAUAUACCGGAGGACCACCUGCCAACUAGUUUGUCCACCGCGGUGCCUAGCGGUCUUUCCCGGCUUCUGCAGGAUUCUCCCACCGCUUCGCUGGCUGAUCGACCCAUCACCACCAGCGCCACUCCGGUGACUCCGCCCUCCCAGUCGGCUUCUCCCCGGCCUUUGAUCGACCCCAACGCGGCCGGCACGUGCCCGUGCCGGACCCCCGUCUUGCUGGACAUGUCGCGCUGCGAGCAGACGGAUUUCGACCUCUUGGACUGGCUCAAUAAGUCCGUCAUGCUGGUCAAGACCGUGCCGGGCCUGUCUCCGUUGCCCCGGGCCGACCGAGCGCUGCUCCUGGCGGCCGCGUGGAAGGAGCUGGUCAUCCUCUACAUGGCGCAGAGCCAGUUUGACUUUGACUAUCUAAUCCCGCAGGGCGGCCUGGACGAACUGGCGCAAAAAAUCUCGGGCCCCGGCUCGAUUCCCGUUCGGCACGGCCAAUGCUGCAUUCACUGGAGCUGGAUCGAGGGAAUCCCCACCCUGCGGAGCGUGGAACAAUUGAGGUUUAUCCUUCACAAGUUUCGAGAGAUCAGGCCAGACGACAAGGAGUACGCAUUGCUCCGGGUGCUAUUACUGUUUAAUGCCGAUCUCCGUGGUCUGAGCAACUCACCGGCCGUGGAGGCAGCUAACGAACGAGUUCACACCGCGCUGAUGGAGUACGAGAACGCCUGCUACCCGCGCGAUCCUCUCCGCCUGUCCCAUCUCCUCCUGCUGCUGCCGGGGGUCCGCGGAUUCAGCGCCAAAGUCUUCGAGAACCUCUUCUACAAACACCUGACUCGAGACAUGAACGUUGAGGGCGUCCUCAGGGACAUGCUCAGGGACUGACCUUUGGCCCGAGGUCGGGUCCCUUCGCUGCUUCACUUAAUUAGAACCGGUUUUCCAGAGGCUGUGCAUAGUAACGAGACUACAAGUGGACUUUCUGAAGGCUCUUUGAAAUAUGGGUCCCCGCUCCAUUAACAAGAUACUGGCUGCCAUUCCAUCGGACGUAGACCUACUCGAAAUCCCGGAUUAUUCGGAAAAGAAACACUCAAGAGGAAGGUCAUAUACAUCUUCGGAUGACAGUUUUAAACUUUUGUAUUUCCGAGACAACCCCUGUAUAACUUUUAUUGUUUUUAUGUCUGAAGAUUUAAAAUAAAUAAGUAAAUACCACAUAUUGGGCUGGACUCUGGAAGAAACAACGCUUGCUUUCAGUUUCAAAAUUUCGAAGCAGAUGUUCUAGCAAAACGUCUGAAACAAACAUGACAAAGACAUCCCUCACUGUCGGCCAAAACAGCUGCAAUCACAGGGCUAUCUUCAGUGUAUAGGACCUUACAUGAAGGCGCCAUUUCAAUUGAAUGAACACAGAACACAAAUUCCAUUCGAUGGCAAAGCCCAUGUAUGCUCGUUACAUUAAUUACUGGCGCGUCACACCAAGUACAUGUAUAUUAGGGGAUUUAGCACACAUAUAGGGUAUAGAUUUACCUAUAUUCCCUGUAAGUAUACUAAAACUAUAGUUGUCUGGGCUCUGACUCCUGACCCCUUCUUUAGUGCAUUACCAAACUGGCACCCGGUAAUACUACAUUGGCUGGUGCGCUGACCAAAGCUGAGCUGAAUGGCCUAUUAAUGAUAAACUGCAUGCAUUGGCAUCUAUUACCAUACCCUUCAAAAUGGGGGGGGGGGGAGUGACCACAAGCCAGCUUCCUGAAGGCACCAUCCCUGUUCCAUCCCUACCGAUCGACUCCCACAAUGUCGUAUUUGCAAAUUACAACUUUACAUAAGACUAGAGGGAAAAAAGGCGUCGAGGUUACUAUAACCACAGCAUAAAAUGCUCUGUUUAUUCCAAAAUCCGGAUAAUAAACAGAACCAAAAGAACUUAGAUUCGCGGAUGAGUUUCAACACUCAACGUGGGACGUGUUUUCAGCCGCCCGUGUCUUUUGGUGCCUAUGUCUGUUGGUACACGUUAUAACUAACGACAUUCACUUGCGGAGUGCUAUCACCAUGUAAGAUUAGUGAACAAAAUCGAUUUCCUUGGAAUCCAAAUUUCACAUUCAAUUUUUACCCGUAACAUUUAACUAAUGUACAUAGUAGGCCGGAUUCCCGGGUUAAAAAUUUUAAAACUGUGGCUCGCAGUAUCGACGUAGUGACAAGAAUAACAAAUGGUACGGCUAUCAUUCGAUAUGUACUCGGAUGAGGCUGAUGAACCCGCGGUACGCCGAGUUAGGGUCUUUGGCGCGCUAAAUACAAGGGGCAGCGUAUUCUAGUAUGACAAAAGUAUACCAUCUGAAGACGUAUAUGCUCACAGUCGACGUUUCAAUCAAUAUGAAAUGGUCGUCUUCAGAGACACGACCUUGGAAUGGCCACAAAUUUUGUUUGGCGGCUACACUUCCGUUUAGUCCGCCAUUCCAAGUCUGAACCAUAAUUAUAAACUGGAAACCACUGACCUGUUUUUUUCCUUGAAACCAUCAGCCUGGUCAUUUGAUUGAGAGUUUAUUUGUGGCAUUCCAUCCGAAAAAAAUACAAAUUAAUUCCAGAUUGUGUGUAAAGAUUCACAGUUUGCGCUACUUCCCGUUACUGAUUUAUCGACAUAACUUUAUAGUCCAGACGACCUGGCUAGAAUUGAAGACCUACUUUACUGAAAUGGUAACACGUGCUCUAUUAUGACCUACUGAAAAAUUGCUGCGCUAGUCAGGUUUUAUAGAAGCAAUAAUGCAAACGUGUUCUGCCAUGAAAAAGUCUAAACAAAAAAAUCAAUGAUUUUUCGUUGGUUUUUAGUAUGCAUAGAUAAGCCAAAUAUAGACUACUUAUGUUUGCUAUGUUUUCAAGUAUUAGAACUUAACACCGUCAUCAGGUAUUUCAAGGGAACGAGCUUGCCACGUUUAGUUCAUAGUGUCGUUUGAAAAAACAGUUCGGUUUUAAUCAUCGUAAUCUUUUGUUGCUCGUCAUGAAAUGAUGAAGACAGACUCUAAGUUAUUGAUUGUUGUAAAUGUGUUCGUUUUAUCGCGUAAAUAGGAUAAAAAAGAUCAGUGUGAAAUGCAUGAGAACAAAAAACAAAAAAACAGAAAAAGCGAGCAUCGUCUCGCGUUGCGGCCAUCUUGUCUUGUUACCUGUGGUCUUAUAUGUUUUAACAGUAUCUUCAGGUCCUGAGUACACGCUGUUCAACUAAAUUUAGGAAAAAUGGCUACACUAUUUAUUUUGGUCGUCAACUGCAAUUCAAACGUUCAAAAUAGUUACAAUGUAGCGAUGUACGCCAUCUUAAAUUAUCUUUUCCGUUGUAAUAUCGGCUUGUCAUUAAACGCUGGACUUUUUGUAUCAAAUACAGAAGCCAGAAAUGGAAAAUCGA